AUGGACCCAGAUCAGAUAGAGGGAUGCAGUCUUUGGUGGAAGGGCCCUGAAUGGUUAGGGCAAAAUCAUUAUCCGGAGCAGCCAGGCACCUUGGAGUCUCAAAUAGCAGAAGAGGAAAUUCGUCGUACCACACAUCCAACCAGCAGUCGAGUAUCAGACUUCAGUGAAGACUAUGUUCGAAGGUUUUCGUCAUUUACCAAACUAAUACGCAGUACCGCUUAUUGGAUGCGGCUCAUGCGUAUUCUUAAGAAAUCUGAAGAGAACUGCAAAAAUUUACUAACCGUCGAAGAAUUGGAACAAGCAGAAUAUUCUAUCAUCCGCUGCAUCCAGCAAGAAUCGUUUCCUGCUGAGUGGAAGGCCUUAAUGAAAAACAAAAACGUACAUCGAAGCUCACCACUUAGAUGGUUUACCCCACGAAUAUCAUCAGAAGGACUAAUUUGCGUGGGAGGCAGAUUAGGAAGAUCCAUGGAAUCGGAAGAUACGAAGCACCCCAUUGUGCUACCAGCUGAACAUCCGUUUGCUAAGAUGUUAUUCGAGUACUAUCACAUCAAGCUACUUCAUGCUGGUUCUCAACUACUGCUAAGCACAGUGAGACUAAAGUAUUGGCCACUUGGAGGCAGAAAUGUUCCACGACAGGUUGUGCAUAAUUGCAUGAAAUGCUUUCGAGCGAAACCCAGCCCUAUUGAGCAGUUUAUGGGAGAACUACCCCAAGCACGUGUCACCGUAGCUCGAGCAUUUCUAAGGACAGGAGUCGACUAUUUUGGUCCAGUAUAUAUUCGGCCAGCUCCAAGAAAACCAGCGGUUAAGGCAUACGUGUCAGUCAUCAUUUGUCUGUGUACGAAGGCUGUACAAUCUCAACGACGAUUCAUUGGUAGAAGAGGAUACUGUUCGGACAUCUAUUCGGACAAUGAGACAAACUUUGUUGGAGCACGGAGUUAUCUGCGAGAAAUCCUCAAAUUGCUGCGCAACGAUCACCACAAGGAAGCAGUUUCGAAGGAGAGCACCUCACUUCGGAUUACUCUGGGAAACAGCAGGCCAAUUACAGCGUUAACGGAUGAUCCUGACAAUCUUGAACCUCCAAGACCGGAACAUUUUCUUAUUGGGGAACCUCUACAACAAAUACCGGAGAGAGAUGUUCGCGAUGUACCCUUGAACAGGUUGAACAACAAUCAAACGUUACAGAAAAGAAUCCAGCACUUUUGGGAUCGUUUGAGAGUUGAAUACCUGACGCAACUUCAAGGGCGAUUCAAAAGAUGGAAGACACCAAUUGAAAUCAAGAUCGAGCAGCUAGUUGCCAUCAAGGAUGAUAACUUACCACCAAGUCGUUGGAAGAUGGGACGAGUAGAUCGAGUUUUUCCAGGAGCUGAUGGAGUCGUAAGGGUCGUUACUUUGAAAACUGCAUCCGGACCGUUUACGCGCCCAGUCGAAAAGCUUUGUGUUUUACCAGCGUCGUCUCAACCAGAUUACAAGCGGCCUAGAUUCUCGGAGAAAGAUCAGUAG